AUGCUUUGCGCCAUUCUAGAUGUUCAGAAUAUAACUUCCAUGAAGGAUUUGGAUUUGUUUUAUUGCAAAAAAAAAAAGAAAAAAUCAGCGGAAAAUGCAGCCCAAUUGAUUUUGGCCCGGCCCGUAUUUACCAAGGGUGGACUUCUCUCAUCCUCACUCUCAAAUCCGCCGUGCUCGAAACAAGCGGCCCGUAUCCAGCCACGCAUGUCCGCCGCCGGCGACGGGGAAGAUGGCGCCGCCGCCGCCGCCGCCACCGACACGGUGGUCCUCGAGAUCACCGACGCGGCAGCAUACCCAUCCUCCGCGCCUCCACGUCCCCCAAUCACAGUCUCCGCCCUGGACGCCCCCCUCCCGUCCCCGACCGUCGUCGCGGUCCGCGCCGACCGGAGCAGGCUAAUCGACAGCUCCUCCUACUUCCGCGCCCUCCUCGGCGGCAGCUUCAGCGAAUCGGGCAGCGGCUACGUGCGGAUCAGCUGCGACCUCGCCGCCGCCGUGCAGGUCCUCCGGUACCUCUUCGAGCCCCCCGCGAGCUUCCCCAUCUCGCACCACAACUUCCUGCCGCUGCUGGAGGGUGCUCUGUUUCUCGCUGUCGAGAGCCUUCUAGCGGACUGCGAAAGGUGGUUCAGAACCGUGAGAUCUCGAAAUUCCACCACGGUGGCACCGUUGGAUUUCAUAAUCGAGGCCUGGUACUUCGCUCAAAAACAUGGGGUUACUUUUGUUGAAGACGUAUGUCCAGGAUAUCUAGCUCAGAAUUUUGUACAAGUUAUCUCCAGUAGGUCAUUUGUUCAUAUACCUUAUGAUCUGCUGUGCUCCACCAUUGAAUCCCCACACCUGACUGUGGAUAGUGAAAAGCAAUUGUGUGAAGCAAUUUUAUCUUGGAUUUCCGCAAGUAGGCAAUCCUGUGAACAAUCAGUCUCCAACUCAGCAGAUAAUGAACUCUCCCUUCUUAGCAAGGUUAGGGUAUGCCUUUUACCUUUAGGAUUUGCGGCAGGUACAAAGAGAAACUGCUUUGAAUUUGGGAACAAUGCCGUAUAUAUGAUUCUUAAUCUGCUCAAGGACAGUUUGCAAACUCUACUGUAUACAGUUACCGAUGACAACUUGGAUAGUUAUCGUAUUCGAUUAACAGAAUAUUCCAAGAAAAUAGUACUUUCGGGAUGUCCCCAGUUAACUACGCAAUUCCUAUACAUAUCGGCGCUCCCCACUGAUCUAGAUGCUGUAUUUAAGAGAACUAUAGUGAGCGAUGUUAACGAUGGAUGUUUGAACCAUUACAAUGGGCUGGUGAAGAAGGCUAAAACCUUGUCAUUUAUAAAUGUACGCAUUGUGGAUCUCUCCAAAUGUCCAAAUGUACAUUUUGGUGCAGCAAUUUUAUGGAUCAAGUGGGCAUUUCCAGAAUUGAGGACGUUCAUAGCUUCCUAUUGUUUACUGUUUCAGUUUGAAGAUUUGCAGUAUUUGUUACUGAGAUGUCCAUGGAUUAAUGAAAUCAAUUUGAGUAUUGAUACAAGCGUUAUACUAUCCAAGUACUCAAUUAUAUCUUCUAGAUCUGAAGUACGGCGUGACGUGAAUCGAAAUCUAUCUAGCUAUUACAUGCAAAGUGGAUUAUAUGGGACCUCAGUAAACCCAGUUUUCUCAAAUAUAUCAAAAUUGAUACUGGAAGGCCGAAAUGAUAUUACUGAUAUGAACUUGCUGGAGAUAUCCAUGCUGAAAAGUUCUCUAUGUUAUAUAAACAUUAAACAUUGCACCCUGUUGACAGAUGAUGAUAGCUUUUCUUACCAUAAGGAUGAACAUGCUCAUGUUAUGGCAUUUAGGUUGCAAGAAUUGCAUCUGGAAGGCUGUGAAGGUAUUAGUUGUGCUGCUAUGUCCCAGCUAUUGAGUAAUAUGAAUAUUGUGAAGUCCUUAUGCUUAAGGGAGACAUCACUUGCAGAUGGCGCUCUCUGCAACUUUGUUGGCUCUUCACUUGAGUAUCUUGAUAUUUCAGAGACUGUGGUUUCUAUGGUCUCAUUGGCACCAGUUAUACGAAGAAACUCUAAUUUGAGCUGCUUGAAAACAGCUGGAUGCCGUAACCUACUGUUUGAACAGGGUGAGGUACAAUCCACGAGUGGUAACAAGUAUGGCAGGUUUCUUCAGGAGAUAACCAGUACGUGCUAUUUAGAGGAUGUAGAAAUGGGCUGGGCAUUUUGCCCUGUUCGAGUUGAUGACCUCAUUCCUUCUUUUAGUAAAGUAAGGAGGAUGACAGUUGGCCUUGGCACAACAUUACCGGAGAAUAUCCUGCAUGCUCUUCCUGAGAUCUGCCCGUUUCUCGAGUCUUUGGUUCUUAGGUUUCAGGUAAUCUCUGACAGAGUUGUAAGAAAUCUAUUGGAAUCAUCAACAAAUCUUCAGGUGCUCUGCCUGCAGUAUUGCCUCGGCAGUUUGACUUCAUUUAGCUUUCAAACAAUGGCACCAGCAUUAAGAAUAUUACGGCUCCAGUGGGUUACUCCAUGGAUCACAAAUGAUGAUCUGACAAUUCUUACACAGAAUUGCAAUUUAGUUGAACUUUCGUUGUCUGGUUGCAAACUCCUUGACUCCAGCUCUAAAGAGAUAAUCUCUUCUGGGUGGCCAAACUUGGCAUGUUUACAACUUGAGGAAUGUGGUCAGAUAACACUUGAUGGGGUUGAUUCUAUUUUAGAUUGUAAAGCGUUGGAAGAAGUCUUACUUAGGCACACCGGUAGAGGUAUUGGAAGAACCAUUGUAACAGAUGCUAUCAGAGAGCUACCGCUCCUAAGGAAGCUGGCGCUGGAUCUCUGCGACGCGUCCGAGAGAGGCUACGACACCCCGAACGUUCCGGAGGGGAAGAUGAUAAGGAGCGUGAGGAUGAGCAGGUGCAAGAAGUCGCCAGCGGUGGCGAGGUCGUGCUUCGGAGAGGCGCCCCCCUCGAGCUCGAACCCGAGGCGGGUGCAGCACAGGGAGACCAUCGUGCUGGAGUGGAGCAGCCGGCAGCUGACGACCACCGUAGUGGAAGAAAGACUCUAG